AUGAUUAGUUUGACUGGUCGUGGUAGGUCAGUACCUAGGGUUUUGAUUCUGGGUUUGCCAGAUGAUUCCAAUGGAGAUUCUGUAGCUUCCGUUGGCAGUUGUGUUUGGGAGUGGAAGCCGAAAUGCAAUGUCCAUGAUGAAAACUCAGGGUCUGAAAAUCUAGAUUCCCCAGUAUGGGCGCUUGAUUUUCUUGGUCAGAGCAUGUCAUUGCCAUCUAAAGAUCCACCUUUGCGGCGUAAAGAUGGAAAUGGAUCUAUAUUAGAUGGAGAAAAUUAUGUUUGGGGUUUUGGUGAUAAAACUGAAACUGAAACUUGGGCAGAACUUGUUUAUUCUGUUGACUUGUGGAGGGAUCAAGUGCCUUUUUUUGUAGAAGAUGUCGUAGGGAACCAGUUUAUCUUGUGGGAAAUUCGCUUGGAGGGUCUGUCUCACUCUAUUUCAGCAUACAACCCUCAAUUGGUGAGGGGUGUAACCUUGCUCAACGCCACACCUUUCUGGGGAUUUCUCCCUAAUCCUGCAAGAUCCCCAAAAUUAUCGAGACUAUUUCCAAUGGCCGGAACAUUUCCUGUUCCUUCCAGUGUCAGAAAGUUAUUAGAAGUUCUAUGGCUGAAAAUUAGUGAUCCAAGAAGUAUCGAGGAAAUACUUAAGCAAGUUUAUGCAGAUCAUUCAACCAAAGUUGAUGACAUGUUUUCUCAUAUAAUUGAGACAGCACAACAUCCAGCAGUUGCUGCAUCCUUUGCCUCAAUCAUGUUUGCUCCUCAGGGAGUCAAUUAUCCUUCAACGAAGCAUUAUCUAGCAUACCAUGAUUCCUGUGAUAAGGAAGAAAUUGUUGAUGCUAAACAAGCAGCAUAUCAUGUUUCUUAUGGCAAGAAAAACCAUAUGCAAUCUACUAAUUGUAUUACAAUUGAGAAGAAACCAGAAAUUUAA